GUCACUUUCAACCAAAUGCCAGAACCUUGACUUUUUUCUGAAAUUUCUCAUUUUUAAGGUUACAUUUUACAAUCGCCAGUUUAAAAAUGAAAUUCUGGUUUAAUAAAGCAUUAUCAGUAAUCAAUUAGAAAAUCAGUAGCUAAAAAGUCGUGUUCUCUUUUUCAUUAGCCCCCAUAAAACAUGACUGAUAUUUUCGAUCGAUUGGAAUCAAAUGAUAAAGACACCGUCGAAGAUGCAAAACAAAGUCUACGAGAACAAUUUAUUAAAGUAAACGAACCAUGGUUGCUACAGGGAUUGUACGAGUAUUAUCUGAACACCAAUUCGCAAAGGGCCAUGGAAAUUUUGGUGAACAUCAAAGAACCCCAUUACAAUUAUUUAUUCGACCGGUUAUCAGAUUCAUUGCGAGGUCCGAAAUUAGAAACGAAAGUCCAGGCUCUGACACUGUUUGGUUACGUAGCCCGCAAGCAACCGACUUGGCUGUACAAACUCCAAGAACAUCCUCUGCUAAAAGACUUAUUGAAAUCGUUAAAGAAUGAAAUGGAACUUCUGCCAUUAAUAAGUGCACUUCUCGUUUUAAUUGUGUUGUUGCCGAUGAUUCCUUCGACCAUGGGCAACCACUUGAGGGAUAUUUUUGAAAUAUUCAGUCGAUUGGCCUCGUGGAAUUGCAAUCCGGGUAAAAUCGUGGAGGAUCAAUUGAUACACAUGCAAGUGGCUUUGUACGCUUUAUUUUUGCGGUUGUACGGCAUGUAUCCCUGCAAUUUUCUCAGUUAUCUCAAAAUUCAGUACAAAGAUCGGAAUAUACCUGUGUUUGUUCACACAAUAAAACCUAUGCUAGAUACUGUAAGAAUGCAUCCAUCAUUAGUAACAUCGACCGAAGAUACAGAAGUAACAACGGAAAGAUGGAGGAGUAUGGGAGUGCACGAUGUAAUCGUGGAGUGCGAACGAUUCAGUUUGGAUCUAACAGACAGAUGUCCGCACGAUACUUGUCAGUCCGGUUUUCGCUCGAGAUCCGGUACUUCGAAUUCAACCAUCGAAUCUUCAUAUCACCUGCAGAAUUUGAAAAGCUUGGCUUCGCUGCAAAUGCCCGUCACUGAACCGGCGAGUUUCUUCGCUCCGAGCAUGACGUUCAACGUAUCACAGCCUAUAACGGAGUCCGUUCCCACGGAAAUUCCCCGCGCUCAGGAGAUUUCCUCGCAUUUCGGAUCGAGACAAGGCACUUCUCCGCCGGAAGCGGCGAUGGAAGCUACGCCGGAAACCACGCCGGUUAGAGAUUACAGGUCGCUGUCGACGCGUGCGCAACCGUUGAAUUCCAACAUCGCUCGGGCCAUCACUAAUUUCACCAAGAGCCGAUCGGGUACCGGUAGUUCCGUGUCGAGUACGCCCUCCCAUUCGCAACCAUCGUCGCCGAUGCACAAGGAACAGUCGCCGUUUAAUUUCUCUUCGGACGUCAGAAUGGAGCCCAUCAGGCAUAAAGUGUGCAAACUGAAAUUGGAUCGGUUUCAGGCCGCUGAGAACGCUGUGACAAUAGAAACGUCGAGGAUCAAAACCAUCCCGUCUAGUCCGUUGAGAAUCGCGAAUUCGGAGACGAAUUCGAGACAUUCGAUGGCUAAUCCGAAGCCGGAAUCUCCCGUUAGCUUAGAAGACGAAUUCCUGGCGGUAGUUAGUAGAAGUUGUGAUCUCAAAAGUGAAAAAAACCUACUAUUAUUGCAAGAUAUCGACGAUGCUUUAGAGAAUAAAACCGGCGAUGAGCUAGAGCACGGCUCGCCCUGCACCGAAGGAGGGCUUCACAUGCCCAAUUCCAAAUCGAUAAACAACUUCGCGAAGCGGGUGCAACGAUUGAGGCAUCACAGCACUUGCAAUCCCGAACCGGAGAAAAUGGACUCUUCUACUGGAAGUAGCCCGGGAAACGGCGUUCCAUUUCCGAACAGCACGACGGUGAGAAGGGCCGUCUCCUGUCCGGAGAUGAAGAAAAGCCCCUCGAAUCUCCUCAAAGAAAACAUCAACAAGCCGCUGAACGAGACCGACGAAGAAUCUCAGGAGAAGAACGAUACGGUCGCGAGGAACAACGUCAACGGCGUGACGAAAGCGACCGCCAAAAUCGCAACGGCUUCGAUCGCGGCGACCACGCAAACGGAGAACUUCUGGCCCUACGAGCACCUGUUCUUGGGCGUGUUUCCUUCGUUGGAAUGCGGCGACGUGAAACCGAGCCCGGAGGCCAGUCCGGCCCAUUUCGCCGUACCCGCCGAAAAAUCGCUGCCCACUUCCAUAUACGACACGUUGGAUCAAUACAUUGAAGUGGCGGUUCGUUCGAGCGACAGAAACUCCCCGCAGUACAUCAAAGAGCAAUUGGAAUUGGUGCACCAGCAGCUGCGGUUCGAAAGGCACAGGCGCGAGACGCACGCCUACCGGAAUCGCAGGCUCUUAUCGGACGCCAAGAGCACCAGGUCGUUGGAGGAGUACAAUUCGGCGUUGCGGGACACCGUGCAGCUCCAGCAGAAGGACAUCGACGAUCUCCGAGGUGAAUUGGACAGUUUCAAAAGGGAUAAAUCGUCGGAGGAUAAGAAAUUGAACAGGACUAUCCAAUAUUGGGAGAGCCAAUGCAAAAUUAUACAAGCCGAUUACAAAUCGUUGGAGGAAAAGAACGAACUGUUGCGCAAAGAACUAACCGAUUACAAAGAAAGAUACGCGCAAAUGGAAGCCAAAUUAGCGGAAGCCCAAUCUGAAUUGUUUGAAGCUCUAGCGGACGUAAAUAUUACCAAACAGAAAGUGCUGAAAGGCGAAAAGGGCAAACGGGAGUUGGAAGAAGUGAACAAGGAUUUACUGUUAAUCGGCGAGUUGCAAUUGAAAUACAAAGAGCGAUUGGACAUGUUGGAUUCGGACAGGGUGCCCAAAGAGCAGCUCGAAGAAUUGAGGAGGACUUGUUGGGAGGAAGUGAAAGCAUUAAAUCAGCAACUAGAGAACAAAAUCUCCAAUUUGGAGGCGUACAGGAGUCGAGUGUUGGAAUUGGAGCACACCAUCGGCGUGAAAGACGAUCUGAUUUUAUCGCAAAAACAAAUACUGUGCGCGCUAAACGAAGAAAAAUUCGAGAAACUAGAGGCUGUAGAGAGUAAGUACCAAACGCAGUUGCUGAUCAACCGGUGUUUGGAGGAGAAAAUCCUGGAUCUGUGGCAACGAUUGGAGUACGUGAAAAGGUCCGUUCAUUCGCCGGAUACGAGCAGUUGUCACGAGGUGAACGUGACGACCACGGCCGGAUUGAGCCCCCAUUCGUCGCCCCUUUCCGCUUCUUUGGCCUCGUCCGAAGGCAGUAUGGCGUUCCACGAACGAGAAGUGAAAAAUUUACAGGCUAUAGUAGAUCAAAAGGAGCCGUCUUCUUCGAAAUCCAGACAAGACGAAUUGGGGGAGGCUUUCGCCGAAACCGACGGAUGACAUAAUACCGACUGAUUUUUCGCUAUUAUUUUUAACUAUUUUCUUAUUUAACUUCGAAAGUAAUGGGUAUUUUUUCAAUUACGUGAAAACGAAGCUUGAUUCGACCAAUUAUCGUUAGUUUACAUUUUAAGUAUAAACGCAAUUGACGUGCGAUAUUUAAAUUGUCAGGAUGUAAUCAACACUAAACACUUUUUUUGUGACAGCUGACGUUUGACAGACCUGUCACUUGUCGAAACAGACUGAUCUUGGUAUUAAGUUUAUUUUACUUGUUGGUCUUAAAUCAAGCUGUAUAUUAUAAUGUACGUUUUUUUUUUGUAAAGAACUGCUUCAACUUUUAGCUAUAAACCGUAAAAAUUUUUAUAAUAAUCAUGUAAGGAAUAAUUUCAUUUUUACUACUGGCAAUUUUCCCCCC